UUGGACAACUCAGUGGUGGCCACUACGCAGACCAGACUUCGCUCGUUCUCGCGUGCCUCGCUCCGCUUUUCCUUCGUAACCAUGUCUGACAAAUCCGACAUGCCUGAGAUCAAGAAAUUCGAUAAGUCGAAACUGAAGAAGACAGAGACGCAAGAGAAAAAUCCACUGCCUUCCAAAGAAACGAUUGAACAGGAGAAGCAAGCAGGCGAAUCAUAAUGAGGCGCGCGCCGCCAAUAUGCACUGUACAUUCCACAAGCAUUGCCUUCUUAUUUUACUUCUUUUAGCUGUUUAACUUUGUAAGAUGCAAAGAGGUUGGAUCAAGUUUAAAUGACUGUGCUGCCCCUUUCACAUCAAAG